AUGUUCCUUUUGAGGACACUUUUACUUGUCUCAGAGAAAGCGCACAAGAACGAAAUAUUGUCGGAUAGUGAAAGUUUAAGUGACAGUGCCGAGUACUCAGCUGACAGAAUUCAGCCAUCAAGCAUUUGUGAGUCCGACGAAGGACAUUUAUCGAAAGUUAGCGACGAUAGUACCGAGGAGUAUAGUACACGCUUCGCUCCCUACGAAGAGGAACCCCUUGCGCGUCCCGGCACUAUAGAGGACGAAGAAGAAAAUGUGGAUUUAGACGGGCUUACACCACAGCAUCUAGCGGAGAGAGAGGACGGGAUCGUUCAACUAGAGCAAUGGGGCAAGUGCGAGGGAUGCAGAACUGAACGACUCGAGCAUCGUUGCUGCAGAGAGAUAAAAAAUAUUGAAGCCAAGUUGGUGGGGGACGGGUCUAUCGAUCGGAUAAAGUGCAUCUGUAAGCAAGAAGAUUUCACAUCUAUGACGAACGUGGCCGUCCUAAAAAUUGUCGCGCCUCUGUUGAAGGGCAAAAACGGACAAUCCUACCGUCGCAGACCUUGCGCUUCGGAGAAUGAAUUUCUACGUGCUGUAGCGUAUAGAUGGAUUGCUCGGUGGUUUUUGGUUACAUGGGUUGGGACAACACCCGUCCUCCACCGGCCUGUGUCUAUCAAAACAUUAGAUCCAGAUUCAACACAAGGCACCAACAAGCAAGAGGCUUUAGGAGCUCCUAGAUCAGUCUCACCUAUUUAUUGUUUUCAAGACUGUGUAGAUUUUUCGUGUAUUUUUGAAUGUUAUGAGGAACUGGAAGGACAAGAAGUAGAAUAUAAAUAAGGCCUAGGUAUUACUGUAAUUUGGUUAAAAUAUGUGCCAGCUUUACUUGUGUGUUGUAAUUCAUACAUGAUUUAUUGAAGCAAUUUGUUAUGAAACUUUAAAUACAUACAGUAGAUUUUCA